AUGUAUGGACCUAUUGGCCUUGUGAAACUGGUCCAAAUCUGGGUCAUGCGCUUUCAAGUUGUAUUUGAACUUCGUGAUAUCUUCCUCCGCUCGGGCGGAUCCGGUGUCUUUUCAUUUCGCAAAGUGGGUAUCAUCGGGCCCAAGGAUGCACACCUCUGGAUCUUCGUUGAAUCUGAUAUUGAGAGCCGUGAGAAGACUGGGAUAUUCCGCCACAAGGCUUCUGCUUUGUGCUAG